CUGGAGAGACGACUCUGUGAAGCUUGACUCCGGGAUCGCUGACGGAGAGGUUGGAGCUGGAACCCACAUGAAGGAGGACAGAAGAACAGGAAAAAGAAAGAAGGAGACGACAGAAGGUGGAAUAACUUUCAUCUGGCCUUACUGACUGUACAGGACCUAAAAGGAAUUGAUUGGAAGCACGGCCUGCGCGGCUACCCGAGGGACUCUGGCGCUCGGCGCCAUCUAUCAUGUUGGUGCACGCUCUGUUUUAUUACGGGCCGCUGAUGACACCACCUUACAUCAGAUAGGAGCGUGUGCUCUGUGUGCAUGCCUCACCUACACCCUCAGCCCUGACACUGGGGGAUAUUACUCCUGCCGCCGGUGGACUGCCACUGCUCCCUGUCCUCUGUGUGUGUGUCUGUGUGUGUGUGUGUGUGUGUGUAAGAGAGAGAUAGAUAGCAGGUGUUUGUGUGUGUUCAGGCCAUGCGCAGCAGAGCGAGGCGAGGCGUUCUGUUAGAAGUCGAGUCAGAUCGCACCCGUUCAGAGUGUUACAGAUGUUUUUUAUUUAUUUAUUUUUGUUAACAUUUCACGUCCAGCGUUCAGACUUUCUUCCUGAUUUCCUUUCAAACUUACUCAAACCCUUAAGCCUUAUCUCUGCUCUGAUUAGUAAACGAAAACAAACCGCAAGAUUGUUUUUAGCGAUAAACUCCAGGAUAAACUGCUGAGGCUGGCGGUUUCUCCACAAAGUCUAGCUGAGUGCAUUUGUCUUUUUUUUUUUCUUCUCCUCCUCCUCCUCCUCCUCCGGUUAUAAAGCUUAGCCUUUUCUUCCUGCACACUGUAUUUUUUUUUAUGUAGCUUUGUGAGCCCGUGUUGAGGUUUUGUUGGCACACUCUAGCGCUGUUGUGGAAACAAGUCUGGUGUUUAGCGAGAGGGGCGUAGCUGGAGUCAGUCGAACCCAAGCGAACCCAGCAUUAGGAUGAGAACCAACAUGAACUUCUAAGGAACACAGCAAAGCAAGCAGCGACUCUUGAUUGUGCACGCGUGUCGAUCGUUAUCGAAGUGCAGAACUAAUUAACCCACACUCGGGUUGUUAAUAGCAGACGCACUUAAGAGUGCAAGUAAAAUUAUGCAGCCUUGAAGGUUUUUUUUUUUUCCUCCUGUCCUCAAAUGAGAAAGUUGGAGGACUUUAAUUUGCGGAUAUCAGUUAUAGCUCCUGCUGGAGUGUGUGAGUGAGGUGAUGAGAGUUUGAAAAGCCGGGUGAAGUGUUUUAAUUAGCUGAAACCUUACGCUCUGCUGCUGCGCCGCUGUAGUUGUGGUAUCUAGUGGUUGCAGUUUAGCUGAGUCUCAGCUGGGUGACAGAGCAAAGUGUGUGUGUGUGUGUGUGUGUGUAAGUGUGUGGGGGGCAUGUGUGUGUGUCUGGCCAAAGCCACAGAAGCCUCAUUGAUCAGCCUACGACACUCAAUACACAAUGAGAGCAGGCCAGCGAUCUCGCCUCUUCUCUCGCUCCCUCACUGAACUGCUCGUUCAGUUGUCCAUUCUGCUGUCCCUCUGCUCACGGAGCCAGGCGGUGCAGGCUGAGAAUGUGACAGUCCUUGAGGGCGGCACAGCGCACAUCUCCUGCCGCCUACAGAACUAUGACGGCUCCAUAGUGGUCAUCCAGAACCCGCGCAGACAGACGCUGUUCUUUAAUGGCACACGAGCUCUGAAGGACGAGCGCUUUCAGAUGGUGCUCUUCACGCCACGCCUGGUGCGCAUCACGCUGAGUAAUGUGAGCGUGUCUGAUGAGGGUGGCUACUUCUGCCAGCUCUACACGGACUCUACUCACCACCAGGUGGCUACGCUGUCGGUGGUGGUGCCCCCAGAGGUGCCCAAUGUGGAGGUGAAGAGUGAGGCGGUGGAGGGUGGAGAGGUGGAGCUCACCUGUGUGUCAGAGAGGAGCAAACCUCCUGCUACGCUGCGCUGGGUCCGAGACCGCAGAGAGAUUCCAGGUGUGGUGUCUCAGCAGGAGAAUGGAAAGACGGUGAGCGUGUCCAACACCAUACGGCUUCCCGUGGAGAGGAAGGACAACGGUGCAGCUCUCAGCUGCGAGGCUUCCCAUCCAGCACUUGUGGGACAGAAAAGAGUCCGUCAUUACCGCCUGGAUGUCCACUUUGCCCCCACAGUGAGGAUCAGCCCCCCACCCAGCAUUCUGAGAGAGGGGGACUCGCUCAGCCUUACCUGCACCGUCACUGGAAAUCCACUGCCACGGGACAUUCUCUGGUCACGAGUCAACGACACUCUGCCCGAGAGGGCGGAAAUUUCCGGCACCACCCUGGUCAUGUCUCGCCUUAGCCAAACACACAACGGCACCUACCUGUGUCAGGCACACAAUAAUUACGGCCGCGCAGCCGACCAGUACACACUGCUGGUGUAUGAGAAAGUGUCUGUGUUUGUCAGUACCAUCUCCCAUCCUGUCACCUCCUCAUACUCCCUCCCAUGGACAGCAGCAGACCCUGGAGCAGUGGUGGAGACUCACAGUGCUGUACCGUAUCCAGUCAUAGGAGGUGUGCUGGCUCUCCUGGUCUUCACCAUCAUCUGCGUGCUCAUCGUAACCAUCUGGUGCUCGGUCCGACAGAAAGGUUCAUACCUCACGCAUGAGGCGAGUGGCCUCGAUGAACAUGGGGAGGUGCAGGAAGCGUUUCUCAACGGGAACGACACUAGCCAAGGCAAGAAGGAAUAUCUACUGUAACAGCUCCUGGAGGAUGGCCACGGAGCACACGUCACAAACACACACGCAUACACACACACACACACACCUGGUGGAAAACCACUACAGCAGUGCCAUGUAAAGGGGAGAGAGAGAGAGAGAGAGAGUGAAAGAAAGAGAAGAAGCCUAAUUAAAAUUGAGAGAGACAUCCUUAACAGAAAAAGCGCUGGUCCUAGUCACCAACACCCCCCCCCCCACACACACACACACACUUUCUGUUAAACAGUAAGUAGGAAGCAGAAGCAAAUAGCCAUAACUCAGAAGCCAGCGGAGCAGCAACGACGUACAACCUAUUGACUUUGCCGACGCAAAUAUAAACAGAGCACAUGAGAUAUAAAAGCCGACAUCACGUGCCUCGUGCUUCCCUCGUAUAGUAUUUACACUGGAUAUUCACCUGCUACUGGAGCUCCUUCAUUUUCCAUUAUCAGGCAUUUAGUAAUCCACGCACACACACACACACACACACUUAUCAAGCCCUCCUGAGGUUCACUUUGAUCCUCUCUCACCUUCUCCACACAUCUCUUCAGCUUCUGAUUUCCACACCCCCCCUCCACCCCACCAUCUAUCUCUCUCUCUCUCUCUCUCUCUCUCUCUCCAUCCCUAUCUCUCCCCCAUUUUUUUUCAUAAUUAAGCAUUUAUUACACGAGUCUGAGGAGCCAAAGGGCCACAGAAUUAAAACAAAGUGUUAUCGUGAACCCAUAUGAGAAGCCGAGGCUUAAAGGAGGAAUGUGUAGUAAAAAAAAAUAUCAGUGAGAAUAUCUGUAAAUGCUAUAGACCUCUUUAUAUGUAUAGACACACACACACACAGGCACACACACACACACAGGCACACACUGAUACAAUGAAACAUAUCUCUUAAGUCAUUAUUUGUAUAAAAAAAAAAGUUCAGUAAAUUAAAUUAAUCUUUUAAGAAGUGAACAAGAAGGUUUACUUUUGAGCGCAUUACCAAGCGAUGCUAUUAUACUAACACAAAACAUUAGCUUAGAGAGAAAUACCUACGAAAUACCGUUGUGCGAUCUUUAAAAAAAAAUCGGAGAAAACGAGAAAAAAAGAUUAUUUCAUUUGUCUUUGAAAGAUCCUUUGUUUUAUAUUCAUUAUUUUUUUUUGACUAUGAUUGUUGGUAUUGUUAAUAUAAUUGUAAAUGUUAUUAAAUUGUACAAAACUCCCCAUGUUUUCUUUUUAUUUUUUAUUGCGACUCUAGAAAGCUUUUAUUUUUUACACUGCUCUUUUACCCCCCCCCCCCCCUUUUUGGUUUCUCUCCUGUAUUUCUCGCUCCUCUCAUCGUCUGUGUGCUGAAUUGUCGGAGUCCUUCCUUCUUGUCUUUUACUCCUGAUUUUUAAUAGUCUUCAUGUCACUGUUGAUAUAGCUAACCGUGUUUCUUUAUAGAGGAAAAGUUACAGAGCACGACAAAAUAAAACAUACUCCAAAAUC